AUGCCGUUUGCACCCAGUCCAGCAGAAGUGGCCCUCGUUGGUGCCAUAUUUGCAGUUGCAGAUCCUCAGAAACUUGGUCUCGUUACCGGUGAGCAAGGCGUUAAAGUGUUCGCUGGUGCGAAACUGGCUCCAGCGACCCUCGGAGACAUUUGGGCACUUGCCGAUCCUGAAAACAACGGUGCUUUAACAAGAAAAGGAGUUGCUAUUGCUGUCCGUCUAAUAGGUUGGGCUCAAAAUGGAGAGUCACCUUCCGCAGAGCUGCUAGAAAGAGCCCCUCCUAUUGCCGCGAGAGCACCAGCGCCCACAGCUCCUCUGUCUAAUCAGCUACCACCGCUGCUGCCCGCGGAUAGAAACAAAUUUUUACUCUUAUUCAAUAAGACGAAUCCUGCUGGGGGAUUACUCAAUGGUCAGAGUUGCCCGAAUUAUCUCCCAAGUUGUUGGCUGAUGAAACCGAUCUACAGGCGAGCAAGCGAGAAAUAUGUUCGUUCGCUCUAA